AUGAAUUGUGAGAUAUCUCGCACCACUAAGCUCAGUCCAUACGAAUUAGUUUUUGGCCGUUCACCACACAAAGACAGGGUGUUGCUAGACGAAUUAUUUGAAAGUGGUGUAACAGAAGAAAUAUUAGCUCGGGAUAGCGUUGAUAUUGAAAGCAAUGAUGAAAUUGAAGAUGAAGACAUUUCUGCUAAUGCAGUCUUAACAUCGAACACUGAAGCGGAUGAUGCAAUUGAGAUGGAAGAUGUCAGGGAAAUGACGGCACCUAAUGUCAAUGCUUCAGACGGGGGAAGUAAUUUCAGUGAAACCCUUUUUGAAAUGCCUGGAGAAUACGGAUAUACUUGGGAUGAAUACCGGCAAUUAUUGACUAACGUCUUUGGUAUCCCAGAGAAAUCGCGAAAAUGA